AUGGGCGAGGCCACGAGCACUCGAGCCCCGCCAGCCAAUAGCCGUCCACUGUGCUACCAUCCUCAUCCUCAACCACGGCCACUGCCUCCCUCACGCCCACUGCCUUCCUCACGCCCACGUUGCACCGCGCCGCCAGUGGGUGCGUCUGCCGUUCCAUCGCGCGCCUCAUCACAAGACGAUGCGACCAGCGUGCCGGGCUUCAGUCUGACAUGGGCCGCAUUUGACCUCGACCGCAUACAGCUCGGCCCUGUCUCACGCCGCUCCUCCACGGACUCUCGAGCCCUCACGCUACCCAGCCGCAAGCUGUGGACCAUUGGGCUGAAGCAGCGCGCGCCGCUUCUGUCUCCGUCUCGACGACAACGAGGCAGCACAAUCGAUCCGGCACUCAUAUAUUCAGGGCAGGAGCCUUUUGGUACCAGACCGUUUCCGCGCGGGCGUUCAGAAAAGGAGCCCAUGCAACAUCCCGUUCGCUACACGCCCCGCCACCCGCUAUUCUUGAACCAUACCCCCCGCGCUCUCAAAAUGGAUACCAAAAGCCUACCAGAUCUUCCCGACGAGGCGCAUGCCUUGCCUCAACUUUCUUCCCUUGACUAUGACCCUUUUGAAGACUUCGACGCUCCCUCACAGUUCCGAUCAACCUCCGCCAACGGAUACAGCUCCAACACACCCCCUGACCUCGACAACGAGGACUACGACCGUCCCUCGAGUCCUCUAGAAGGCAACGAGGACGCCUCAGACUACUUCCAAUCCAAAUAUCACAACCAAAGCUUGAGUACCACAGACACCGGCCACUCGACCUCGGUCUCUUCUCCACGCCCACGUUUCUGGAACUCGACCGAUUCUGCCGACUUUGAGUGCGCCGUCGCUGGGGAGUACUCGCCUUACGACAACGACCUAUCUGCCGACUCUGAGCGCGGUCAUAGCUCAGCCACCGAUCGUCUGCACACUUCACAUUCGCUGAAUUAUUUGAACAUGAAGGCCCCGCCAAUCCUAUCUCCUCAUCUACAGCGCCAGGCUUCAUUGCCCAUGCCCAAUAACACUUACGAUCUCGCCUUCUUUUUGAAGAAUACGAAUCCACCUAAUUAUUCAGGUGGAGCGUCUACCCAUCCAACUAAAGAGGACGCGGUGGCGCGGAGGAAGAGUAAACACAAGAGCCCUUUGAGGUUCUUGCGAGUGACGAGAAGGAGUCUAGCCUCAAAGAUCGGAUCGACUGAGGGGCCUGACGAAAGAGAUGUGCUCUUCCCCAAGUCCUUUGUCCCACCUGAGGGAGUGGUACAGAAAGUCUCCCGUGACGGCAAGAAGUAUCUCCAGAUAGUGACCGAUGACAAGUCAAUGACCUCACAUCUUGAUAUCCCAACGAACAACGAUAGCCAGAAGAAGCAUUCAGUCGCUUUCUCGGAUCGAACGGACACACCAGACACCGAUGUGCUUGAGUCUUGGUUAUCUUUCAAUCUGCAGAAGCAAGGCGAAGACGAUGUCAAGUGUGAUCACGACAUGAGCAAGGCAGUGAGAUUAAUCAAGCAGCACGACCACUUGGAGAUACGUCACCAUGAAGGUGAAUUGACCACUGUGGCACAUGAGGACGCCACGCACGACCCGCCAAUAAGCCAAAAUCGCUCAAAACCAGAUCAGGCUUCUACUAACCUUGAAGAAUCAAGUACCAGCAACUUGCAGUCACUACCCCCAGACCUGAAAGCUGCCCUCUUCAGUAAUCCACCUUCGACCAGGCAGUCCGCCGCGGGUAUGCCUGAGGCUGCAUGUGAAGAUCAGAGCCCUGAGAGUGAUAGCGACAGCGUCGAAUUACCCGAGUUCCCUCGGCCCCCGUCAGAAGAGACUCGCGUAUCACUUGAGCGAGGCAAAGAGCGUCUUGCUGGUCAAGGCUUGCACAGACCUUCAGUCAAAGACGCCGAUGAACAGCCAGAACCUCCACCAAAGGAUGAUGUGAAUGACACCAUCCGUACUAGAGAGGACUCCGGCGUCGGCCAAUUAUGCCAACGUGAUCCCAGCGAGUUUGGCCUCGGAGCAAAGGACUCCACACGAAAGAGCCGGGAGGAACGGAUCCGGGCUCGCAAGUUGCGUGAUAUGCAACGCAUCAAGAGCAACAUCGACGAAGUCGUUGGCAGAGGGGUUGAGUCGCCAACAUCACCUGAAUCUAUGAGCACUCAACAGAUGUCUCCCGUGCAGGAGAGGCAUUCGGAGCCGUCCCCAAGCAAGAUCGUCGAGGAACCGGAGCGACCUGUAUCAGAGCUUUCAACAGUCCGCUCAUCACUCGACAGCAGAGUUCUGGGUGAUGGCCAUUCGCGUCACAUCUCAAUCGACACAGUCUCUACAGCACCCACGCCGGGUUUCACCACUGGGUACACACCUACCUCGAGUCGCAUGAGCCUCACCCUCACCCCGAUCAUGCUCGUCGCCGAGCAGAUUCCAGUGACGAAGUCCAAGCCCACCAAAAAGCCGGCACGGCUUAUCCUACGCGAUCACCAAACGCCACAGUCCAGCAUAAUUGCAACCCACGAACCUGUAGAAUCGAGUGCAGAAAGCAUACCCGUGGCUCCGGCCGUCAAAGAGAGAUCAGGAUUGCGCCACUUCUCUGCGCCCGCAAAUCUGCCUUCAACCUCUACCGAUGUUGGCACAGCGAUUCCGACCAACAGGCACCUUCGCAACCACCGCCACACCCCCUCGCGCGCCUCCUGCGCCAGCACCGCAAUCGGACCGCAGACCCGUGACCAACUACAGGAAGCCCAGAUGGAGGCGCUACAGCGCGAGAACCGCCUCCUCGAAGCCGCGCUCAUGGCUGUGCUGAAGAGUGGUGGGCGGCUUAACAAGUGUCCGUGCCAGCUAAAGGGCGGCGCUGAGGGCGAGGGCGCAGACGAAACGGCUGGAGAGGAAAAAGGGGCGUUGGAGGUCUAUCUGGCUACUAGAGUCGGUGGGGGCCUAUGA